AUGAACAACAAUAUGAUGAGGUUCGUCCCAUACGGAUAUAUUCCACCAAUGUGGACGGCUGCAGAAGAAGCUGAGAAAUUGGUUUGGAGCUAUUGGAAUAACUACACUUCUUUUGUCAUUACUCUGAAAAAUCUGAUUUGUCUGCGCUCUCUUUUCUCUCACUAGCUUUCGGAUGAGGCGCCAGAAAGCCCUAAAAUUCAAAAUUUUGGUGGCAAAAAUGCUUCAGAACGAAUCUUUACAUGGCACCAAGGUGCUUCAAAACAUGACGAAAGUUUUGGAUAGUUCAAGUUUUGACAAAAGUUUUAAUUACACGGAUUGAAACUUUCUGACUUGUCUGCACUCUCUUUUCUCUCACUAGCUUUCAUAUGAGACGCCAAGAGGCUUCAAAAUUCGAAAUAUUUGUUUUGGCGGCAAAAAUUUACCUUGUGCCAUGGUCCAUGUUGAUUCAAUACUCGGCAUAAAUUUAAAAUAUAAAAAAUCCGAAAAAAAUUUUUAUUACAUCAUUUGUCACGACUUUUCCACACUCUCUUUUUUCCAUGCUAUUUUCUCGCUACUAUGACCACUCCAGCGAGUGAAAAGAGAGCACAGACACAUCAAGUCGUGGCGGAUGAAAUCAAAAUGAUCCCAACUUUCUCAAAAAUUUAAACUUGAAGCGUUGCGACCGGAUCUGGAGAGACGAACUCGGAGAUUGUCGGUUCAUUCAUUUUCGCACGAAGGAAUCUCUUCGCAGGCUCGUUUCCAAGGUCUGUUUUUCUCUGAAGCUUAAACUUGGAAGAAAAUAAAAACCUCUGAAGUUCUUUUUUUAGUUCGAGGAAGUUGUCACUCCUGACGUAAAAACCAAAAUCUACUUCGUAAGGCUUACCGAGGUCGAGUCGGCCGCCCUCUUGACUUCCCUCAAGGUUUCCUUUUCAACUUUUGAAGAUGGUUCAUUUUUUUCAACAUUAUUAUAAAUUAAAAAAACGUAUCACUUUUUUUGAAAAAAAUAUCCUCGAAAAAAAUAAAUAGGAAUGGUCCAAAAUGAAGUGCGAUCAAGGAAAGAUUCUGAAAAAUCGCACGAAAUUUUUUUCGAAGACCGGUUUUUGUAUUUUGCAUCCAGGCAGCAAGUUUCGAUUCAAAGAAAGUUUUUAGGAAAAAAAGUUCUCAUUCUAAGUGUUUUUUUUUUCAUUCAAACACAAAACUACGAAUUACAGAAAAAACUUUAUUUAUUCAAAAAUUGAAAAAAACUCCACCAGUAUGUGAAUUUGCGUCAAUGUAUAUGCGCAAAGCAUCAUAUUUGACGACCUUAUUGCGCCUGGUUCGCCAAGAAAUGCAUUGAUUUUCCAGAUUGUCGGUUACGAUCUCUACAGAAGCAUCAAUUCUACGAUGCGCGAUAUCGCGGACAAAAUGAUCAAGUUCCGUGUCGCUAGAGCCGUUCACGGAUUGGAUUUCUUGCUGGAUGUUGAGGUAGAACCUCAUUUUAAUAUUUUUGUGUGCUCCAAAGAGUUAAUUUCUUUGAAUUUUCAGAAUGCGCUUCUUGAAAUCGAGAACGCCUGCGCGGAAAUGAUCACAAUGAUUCGCUGUUUUCUCAUCAAUUGUGUCAGUUUCCUUUUGUUUUUUUAAAGUCUACACAGCGUUUCUUCUCCGUAAAGUUUGGUGUUAGUGUGCAUGCACUACGUCGCUUCCGCGCAGAAAAACUGCUUUUAUGUAUUGAUAGUUCGAUUCGUCUCAAAGACUUUUGGAAAUGAGGCCGCCUGCGCCUUUAAUAUACCCGCUUUUCACGCUUCUGAAAUAGGAAACCUUGAAAAUAAAUCAGUCUGUAUUUCAGGGUAAAUUCAUUAUGAAAAAGUGAAAUUUGGGGCAGAAUGAACAUUUUUUUUUCAAAAAAACAGCUUUUUUUCAUCUUUACAAACGGGGAAAAUUUUUGAAAAAUUUCUUUUUCUUUUUAUGGAUCCAUUUUUCAGAUAAAAAUCUUAUUAGUUCUUCAGGCCCUGUAAUUUUCCGCUUAAUAAGAUUUUUUUUUCGUCAAUUUCUUAAAAUUGAGCUUUUAAAACUUUAACAUAUUAUUUUUAAAAAGAUAUUUAUUGGAUCAAUUUUGACCAAACUCCGCUGCGGAACCUUUUUUUACGAAUUUUUGUAGAGCGAAUGUGCAAAAAAAGCUGGGCUUACGGUAGUUUUGGGCUGGGCUUACGGUAAUUAUACUAUGCUACUAUCGUCUCGCUCUGAGCAAACUAUAAACAGUACCGUCAGAAAAAUACGAAAAAAUCCCUUUUUGACAUCCUUCCUGUACAGAGCUCGAUCUUCCUGAAACUUUCUGAGCUGCGAUUUUUUUCUGCGAACUGAAUUGGCACGAUUGUUUUUUAAAUAACAUUCCUCACAGUUCCAGAAAGUUCCAGGAAGAUUGAUUACCAUACAAGAAAGCUAUUAACAAGAACACUUCUUUUUCGUCUUUUUUCCAACUCUACGAUUUUCAGACUCCGAUGGGUCUGAACAUCAUCUCGCCGUGCGAUCUGGUCCGAGCGGAACACAAAAUUCAGCUGGCGGCUCAGAAUGUGCCGACGGUGGAGCAAAUGGAAGAGAAGUUCGGCUACGGUUGGAGCUUCAACGUCAUCGGCGAGGACAUCUUGGAGAUCGUCGAGUCGUUGAAGCUUUAUUCUUUUUACCAAAGGUAAAACAAGAAAAUAUUCUUGAAGAUUCAUUACGCGUCAUGCAAUAUAAUAAAUAAGGUAAUAAAAAAAUAUUUCAUAAGAUAUCUCGGUCGCAUGGGGAAUGGUUCAAUAUCACACGAUUUCGAAACUAAAUUUCCAAAACGCUAAAGUCGUUUUAGGUCGGGCGCGCUUUGGAUGAAAGGUUUUGCAACUGAGCCAUGCCCCGUGCGUUUGAAAUGUUUGAAAACAAGCCUGAUUUGGGAUUUGAUAAUUUUCAAUAGGAAGUUGAACAAGAGAGUUUUUUCGAAGUUUUCAAUAAAUUUCAAAACUCUUGAAAAUUUAAAAUCCGGAGAUUUUUUGAGACUUAAAAUACAUCAUCACUAAGAGAUUGGUCUGAUUAUCAGAAUAAUAAUACACACUUUGUAACGAUGGAGAUGACUCUGAGCGUCGAGGUUGCGCUGCGGUUUGGCGGUAAAAAUUGAUUUUGAAUUUUGGCAUACAUUUUUCGAGUGUCUGCGUCUCUCUGUUCCCUCAGGUCACAAAAAAAAUAAAAAAUAGUAGGUAAACAUUGGAGGUGAAUAGGGCGCAGAGAAGUCUUUCAAGUCGCGAAAAGAGCCCAUCUGAGAGUACUGAAGAAAAGAGUGCUAGGCAACCGCUUCGCGACCGCGACGCGCUGAGCCAUUCUUGA